AGGUGACGGGCAGCAUGGACGCUCAUCCGUGCCGGUACGGGGCCACCGUGCGAGUGCAGACGGGCCACCAAGAAGUUAUUCAAGAGUUGACAAGUAUGGUCAAGGAGAUGCUGACUCGAUUCUACAAGACGACACACUGGAAGCCAGUGCGCAUCGUCAUGUACAGAGGUGCCGUCCCUGAGAGCCAGCUCGAGCGGGUAGUGAUCACUGAAGUGGCGGCCAUUCGAGAGGCGUGCUCCAGACUUGAGACUGACUACAAGCCAGGCCUCACGUAUGUGGUCGUUCAGAGGCGGCACCAUACGCGCCUGUUCUGUUCCCACAAGGAGGAGCGGACAGGCAGGAGCGGCAACAUCCCCCCUGGCACCACGGUCGACACGGACAUCACGCACCCUACCGAGUUUGACUUCUUCCUCUGCUCUCAUGCGGGCAUCCAGGGGACCAGCCGGCCGUCACACUACCGCGUUCGGUGGGACGACAACUGCUUCACGCAAGAUGAGUUGCAGUCUUUGACUUAUCAGCUGUGCCACACGUACCCGCGCUGCACGCGCUGCGUUUCCAGGCCCGCUCCGUUGUACUACGCAAGCCUGGUGUCCAACACCGCUCAGCACCACGUUGUCACGCCGCCGCAAGUCGGACCAGAAGGCAACGCGGAAGACCCUGCUGACCGGUGCAAUAUGGAAGGCCGCGCUAACGAAACAGCGACAAUCCAUGCUGCACUACGGGAUGCAUGCCGUUCCUAUGAGCUUG